CACCGGAAGUGUCAGCAGCUUAAAUUCAGUCUCUGACUGCUGAACAAAAACCAACAACACUGAAUGGGAACUUAAAACGUAAACUCAGAGAGUGAAGUGAGUAGUGAAUCCAGCUGAGUGAGCUAAACAACUAGCUGAAAAGUGACUUAACGGACUAUCUUGGUAUCUUUAUAUAGAGGCUCUAAAGUUUGUGGUUGAAACAUGAAACAUGACAACAAGAGUGCUCCAGGCUUUUGACACCUUGGACAAUCACUCCAAGAGCACACUGGAUAGACUUGCAAAGAAAAAUCGACAGCUGACACAAAUGUCAACACAGUGCUUUGCCCAUGGUAGGUCUUUUACAGGACUGGGUCUUCAUCGUGAAUUCAGUGCCAGAAAAAAGCCCAAAGCAAACGAGGAAAUUGUCAGUGAUGAACAAGAUCUUCUUUAUAAACGACUAAGGAAGUCUUUAGCUGUGGCAGCAAGCAUGAAAGGCAGUUCCUGCAGCAAAUCAGUCGAAGCUGGCAGUACCAGAGUUAUCAUACGUCCCGAAAAACAUACAUCUCACGUUAAGUCAUCAACAGGACAUGCAACGUGCGGAGGCAAAGAAGAUGUAGGAAUAAGUUUCUCGAUCAUGCCGAAGAAGCCACAGACUCUCAAGCCAGAAAGUCGAUCUCCACACAAAAUGGCGUGGUCGAGAGAGGUGGAGAAGGUUCCCUCUUUGCAUGAACUAACCAAGGUGAACAGGAGCAAAUCCUUAGUAGGCACCAGUCUUGGAAACACAGACAUUUAUCACUGGUGCUCCACCUCAGUUCAUAGUGAAGUGGAUGCAUCGUUUAAAUCACCAGUGCCAGAUGGAUGGAUGAAUACUCAGCAACUUCAAGAGAACACUGAUAAUAUUAGUAUUGGCGCCAGUACACUUCACAACAAGACUGAAAAAGAAGUCUGCGUUGAGCCUGUUCCUCUUAGUUUUGAUGAUUUACUUAUGAGGAAUGAUGUGAAAGUGCUCGCUCCUCGUCUGCAUAAAGACUUCCUGUCUCAACAGAAAGCCAGUGAAACGUUCCCUGUGGUGUGCAGCCCUCAGCAGUGUGAAUAUGAGCCUUUCAGCAGCCCAGGAUUCCACUCUCUGGAUCCCGCACCACAGAUCAGAAAGAGGAGCAUGCGCUCAGCUAUCAUUCUCUACACGGAGUCCAUUCAGGCAAAGUACAUGAUUCGCAGUAUGAAGGGAAGACAGACAGCUGAAGGCCUUCGCAGUCACAGGCCAUACACCCAGCCUGAGCUCAAGGGGAAUAGGACAGCUGUUAAUGGUGUCAACGUGCGUGUGCUCAAAGCUGAUGGAAAGGUGAUAAGAUCUCCAGAUCUUGCCCAACUUCCUCUCCAUUAUCAAGAUAAAACACCUUCAGUAUGUGCGUCUACAACCAACAACAAAAUCUCGCUCAUACCUAAAAAAGACGUUUUAGCACCUCGUGUCGGCCCUGUGAUUAAUGGAUUGAACCCCAGUCAAACCUGUGACUCUGGAGAAAUUUCUCCAGCCUGCUGUAAAGCACUGCCUUCUUCUGCGAGGAGAGGGUUAAGCAGCAGUGCUCACACUUCAACUCUAAAAUCUUGCUGGAGCAGCUCGAGAAACAAAAUGGAGUUCCUGUCAAUCUCCAGACCACUAACGUGCAAUCCGAAUGGCAUGGACCGCAUUAUCAGAGAGAAACAGCCUCAUAAUAGAGACUGGCACAAGGAAGCAAAAGAGCCAUACAAAAACACCAUGGCUGAAGUUACGGACUGCGAGACGUUUAGUGUGCAUGAAAUGAGCUUUUCCAGAUGCAACAGUGGUGCAGACAUGACGCCAUCACUCCAGGAGACUGUGGUUGGUGAUAUGAUCUCUGCCUGCUCAAAUACCGAUAGUGAGAAAACUCACAACUGCAAUGCGUCCACAUGUCAGCCAGAGACAAUAAACAUUCCAACUGUUGACUAUCUGGAUUAAAGCAUCUUUCAUAACUUUUCUGCAUUUGUACGAAGCCCUGUACAUGACGUGGCUAAAAAACUACAACAAUAUAUCGUGACCACGAAUUAAGAAUUCGUUCCCACCUCGUGUUAAGUCGUUCCCUUGUUUUUAGGUAAAUUGUUGCCAUGUUUUGCCAAUUCACAAAUCCAUCAUCCUUUUAUGAUGAUUUUAGCUGCUGUUAUGGAUAGAGACAAUUUGAUUGAGUUUUAUUUUGAGUUGGGAAUGAGUUAGAGAGAUAUUCUCAAAAGCUUUGCAUUGUAUGGAACCAUUUUUAAGUGGGAGGCACCUACAUUGCAUAUUGAGAGCCAGGGGGCUUUACCAGUGAUGAUAUCAUGACCUGGGGACUGGGUUCAAGAGUCUGCUCUGGCGAGCCUGGGAGUUAACGGUGUCAAGCAUAGAGAGAUUCUUACUUCUUUUCUGACACAAAUACCUUCUUGCAAACACUGUAUACACCAAAUGAUAUCCAUGAUCUUUUCCAGGGUCUUGCAGCUGAUCAACAAUGAAAUCAAUACCAGCCCCCAAGUCACCAUGUCAUCACCAAUAUGCGAUGCAGGCAUGAAUUGGGAAAAGGUGGCCACGGUCGACCUAAAAUGAGGGAAUGAAUUAAUAAAAUGUGCUCAUGUGUUAAUAAGUUAUGAGAACAAAUUUUUUAAUUCGUGGACACAUUACAGGUGCAUCUCAACAAAUUAGAAUAUUGUGGGAGAAGUUUAUUUUCCCCCCAUCAUUUUAUUCAAAAAGUGGAACUUUCAUAUGUUCUAGAUUCAUUACACAUAAUGUGAAAUAUUUCGAGCCUUUUUUUUUGUUUGUUUUAAUCUCGAUGAUUACGGCUUACAGCU